CUUUACAUAAGCACAAAGCCAAAAACCCAAACUCACUCCAGAGGGAGAGACACAAUCUUCUCUCAAAUUCGCCGGCAUAAUCAAUCAUUUUAGCUUAUUUCUUCCUGUUUUCUAACCAAAUUCUGUUCUCUUUUUGGGAAAUCUCAUUCCUUUUGAUGUGAGACAGAGAGAGAGAGAGAGAGAGAGAAAUAGAGAAUGGGUUGUUUGCAUUCCAAAACUGCUAAGCUUCCUUCUCCCGAUGAUCCAUCAGUGCCCAACAAACCAGAAUCAGUAAAUGAGGACCAAGUGGAUCAGGAGAAUCAAGUUCCCGGUUUCAAAGAGUUUGAUCUAAGUGAACUGAAGAAAGUAACAAAUGGGUUUAGUCCCAGUUGCAUUGUCUCUGAAGGUGGUGAGAAAGCUCCGAAUGUGGUUUACAGAGGAAAGCUUGAAGGCAAUCGUCUUGUCGCCAUCAAACGAUUCUCUAGGCAGUCCUGGCCUGAUGCUCAGCAGUUUGUGGCAGAGGCGACUGGUGUUGGAAAGCUUAGAUCCAACAGAUUGGUCAAUCUGAUUGGUUGUUGCGCUGAAGGAGACGAGAGACUGUUGGUAGCUGAGUAUAUGCCCAAUGAUACUCUCUCGAAGCAUCUUUUUCACUGGGAAAAACAGCCACUUCCAUGGGAAAUGCGUGUCCGAGUUGCAGAUUUUAUCGCACAAGCACUUGAUCACUGCAACAUUGAAAAUCGAAAGAUUUAUCAUGAUUUGAAUGCAUACAGAAUCCUCUUUGACGAGGAAGGCGAUCCUCGUCUAUCAACUUUUGGUCUUAUGAAGAAUAGUAGAGAUGGAAAAAGCUACAGUACCAACUUAGCUUAUACUCCACCUGAGUUCUUACGAACUGGUAAAACCAAAAUUCUACUUCAAGAACAUAAAAGGAAAUACUUUUCUGAUUUAGUUGAAUCUAAAGGGUGUCUUCCUCAUUUUUCAGGUAGAGUCAUUCCUGAAAGUGUAAUUUACAGCUAUGGAACUAUUCUUAUAGAUCUUUUGAGCGGCAAACACAUUCCACCAAGCCAUGCUAUUGAUAUAAUAAGAGGGAAGAAUGUGUUGCUACUCAUGGAUUCAUCACUUGAAGGGCAAUAUGAGAAUGAAGACGCAACUAAACUUGUUGAUCUUGCUUCAAAAUGUCUUCAAUCUGAGGCAAAAGAUCGACCUGACACCAAGUUUCUUCUCUCUUCAGUGGCACCACUACAAAAGCAGAAAGAGGUUGCAUCUCAUGUCUUGAUGGGCUUGCCUAAGAAUACAGUUAUACUUCCAACUCUGCUUUCUCCUCUCGGAAAGGCUUGUUCACAAAAUGACCACGCGGCUGUACACGAGAUUUUGCUUAAAACCGGUUACAGAGAUGAGGAAGGAGCAGAGAACGAGCUUUCAUUUCAAGAAUGGACACAACAAGUGCAGGAAAUGCUCAACACAAAGAAGUUCGGAGACAUUGCUUUCAGAGACAAGGACUUCAAGAACGCGAUUGAAUGUUAUUCAAAGUUGGUGGGGAUGAUGUCUGUGCCAUCUGCGACGGUUUUCGCAAGACGGUCAUUCUCCUACUUAAUGACGGAUCAACCGGAGCUAGCUCUGAGAGAUGCAAUGCAGGCUCAGGUUUGCUUACCGGAGUGGCCUACUGCGUUUUACCUGCAGGCUCUAGCGCUUUCGAAGCUUGGAAUGGAGACUGAUGCUAAUGACAUGCUUAACGAUGGUGCUGCGUUUGAUGCUAAGAGACAACAACAUAACAGUUGGCGUUGUUGAUAAGGAAAAGAAACUAAGAGAGAGAGAGAGAGAGAAAAGAAAGUCCCCAAUAUUUUUAUGGGUCCUUUUCAGAAACAGAGUUACUGUAAGAGAGUAUUUGUUUUCUAUUUGUCUUGUAAGAGAGAAGCUGGAGAGAGGGAUUGUCUAGGAUGACUGUUUAAGGUUUUAUGUUUAUAUUAAGAAUAACAUUUGAACCCAAAUGUAGAAUCAAGAGUUAACCACUACUUGGACUUGGGACUACACUAUGUUUGUU